AAUGAAAAGAGAACGGAACCCUGUAGUUCCGGUUUGUGAUGUCAUUUUUCUAUGCAUGCAGUUGAGUCGAACACAUUUAAAGUGUAUAUUUUUCAUAGAUAUUACUACCGGCUGAUCAGUUUUGUGUUUGCAGUAACCAGACUAGAAGUGUAACCUGCCCGCUACGACAACAUGGGUAUCCUGGAGAAGAUAGGAGAGAUAGAGAGAGAGAUCUCUCGAACACAGAAAAACAAAGCCACGGAGUACCAUCUGGGCCUGCUGAAGGCGAAGCUAGCGAAGUACCGCGCCCAGCUGCUGGAACCGUCCAAGACCGCAGGAGCCAAAGGAGAGGGCUUCGAUGUCAUGAAAUCUGGAGACGCACGUGUUGCUCUGAUUGGCUUCCCCUCCGUCGGAAAGUCCACCUUCCUCAGUCUGAUGACAGCAACAGCCAGUGAAGCAGCUUCCUAUGAGUUCACCACCCUGACCUGUAUCCCUGGAGUCAUAGAGUAUAAUGGAGCCAACAUCCAGCUGCUGGAUCUGCCAGGAAUCAUAGAAGGAGCUUCCCAAGGUAAGGGUCGAGGUCGGCAGGUCAUUGCUGUUGCCAGGACAGCAGAUGUGGUCAUCAUGAUGCUGGACGCCACCACCUGGAGAC